GGUAGAUGCGUGUGCGUGUGAAACGUGUGAGGAUGGUGUCCCGUGAAGCUCUCUGACCCUGAACAUGCAGCCGCGCGGCUUCAUCCUCCUCUUCCUCCUCACGUGCGCCGUGUCCACGCGGGAGUCGAACCGGAGCCGCCGGAGUCCAAGACACGAGCGCGCGCACCACCGGCCUCUCACGCACGAGCAGGAGGCCGAUCAGAACCUGCAGUUCAUGUUGAGUCUGUACCGCAGCGCCGCGGGGCCCGACGGGAGGCCCAGACAGCACCGCAAGUUCGGCUCCAACACCGUGAGACUCCUGCGUCCCACGGCGUCCUCAGUGCGCCACCUGCCGGCCACGAGAGAUCAUCACUACUCCUUCACAGUUGAGUAUCAUCUGGACACUCUUCCCUCGGAGCAGCUGCUCAGAGCCUCGUUCGUCCACCUCCGGUCGUCCUCCUUCGGCCAGGACUCGACCCCCGAAGCCCCUCGCUGCAGGGGGCAGCUCUCCACUCUAGGCCACAGCAGCCUGGUGGUCCUGGAGCCUCACGAACGCUGGACAGAGACGGACAUCACUGCCCACGUGCUCCGGGAGCCCACCCCUCACCUCACCCUCACGGCCCAGUACUGGUGCUCAGACCCCGGGCACGAGGAGGCCGAGCUCCCCUGGUGGAGCUGGUUCUCUUUCGGCGAGCGCGGCGCAGAGAACCCCCACGUGGAGGUGCCGUCUCUGCUGCUCUACCUGGAGGAGCAGCGCCAGGUGAAGGAGUGGGUGGGGGAGCUGCUGGGAGGAGAGGGGGGAGAGGGAGGAGAGGACUUUAUAAACCAGAUCAGACAUGGACUCCCCGCCGUGCGCCAGAGGAGGUCCGAAGACAGCGCCCUGACUCUAGACGCUCUCACCAAACGCUCCUCCUCCUCCACCUCGCUCCCCUCCUCUUCCCCCUCUCUCCCCACCUCCUCCUCCUCGCUUCUCUUCGACUCUCCGAACUACAAGCGGAAAACGGGAACGCCCAAAAACCGCUGUAAGCUUCACUCGUUCCGGCUGUCGUUCGAGCAGCUCGGGUGGGGCCACUAUUUCAUCGCUCCGCCCAUGUACAACCCCCGCUUCUGCCGAGGAGACUGCCCCCGCGUGCUGCCCUACGGCUACAACUCCCCGAACCACGCCGUCAUCCAGAACACCAUCCACGGGUUAGGCCUGGGCGAGGUCCCUUCGCUCUCGUGCGUCCCGUUCAAAUACCUCCCCCUCAGCGUCCUGGUGGUGCACAAGAAGAAGGUGGAGUACAGGGAGCUGGAGGACAUGGUCGCCGACUCCUGUACGUGUCGAUAGCGAAGCAGCACGUAAAAAAAAAUGGACGUAAGAGAUUUGGAAAUGUUAAAUCUCUUCAAAAAUGGACUAAAUACGACAGUUUUUUUCAGGUUUGGUCUGAGGUGAUGAAGCAAGUUGUGAGAUUUUUGUUUUCAAGUUGGAUCUAGGAGACUCUAGCUUGAACGAUGCGCAAAAAUGCUCGCCGAAAAGCUUGCGUUGGUGUUCGAUUCGGUGCAAUUUCGACCAAAAAAAAAGCUGUGAGAUUGAGGAAAAAGCUGGAUUUAUGAGACUGAAAUUUGCACAAAAACGACGCGUUGGUCUCGGGCGAAGGAGACGUUCGUGUGCGGUUAUGAAAGUUGUCAGAUUUGUUGGAUUUGGAAGACGGUAGCUUAAAAAAAAAUGCUCAAAAUGCAAGUGGCAAGUUGGUUUGGUAGAAAAAUAAUGGAUUUGUAAUGAUCUGCACUGUUGUGAAGUUUGCACGGCCCAAACGCCAAGGACGAAUGUGAGGAAUAUGAAUCGCACUUUGAAAUCCGACGGCGUUCUAGUUAUUUAUUGACCAAGUUUUGUAUAAAAUAUUGACACCAACUACAGAAAAAAAAGCAUUUCACAUAUUUAUAAUGUUAAAAGUUUGUCACUUUCUGUGCUCCGGUAAAUUUUAAACGGAAAAAAAUCCCACGUCAUUCAUCAAAACGGCUUUACAGAGGACACAGGAGGCGUUUUUAUUCAAGGUGUUGUGGACGAUUGUUCGAUUGUUGCUGCUUCGUCGUAAACUGUGGAGUGUGAUAUUUAUAGAAAAAAUGGGGGGAAAAAAUGGAAAUGUUGACAAAAAAAAAACCACUGAUUGUGAACCAAAGCGUUUGGUGUGAAAAGUGAUGCAGUUUUAUAGAAAAAAUAAACAAUAAAAGUAAUGCAUUUUCUCAAACUG